AUGAAGCACAGUCUCUACCAGCUUUCUCCUAUUGAGGAUCUUGAGCUUGGAUUGCUGCUAAAGAGAUCCGGAUCAUUGUUUGUGACCAACUUAUCGAAGAUCGAGAACUUUACGGAUGAAGGGUAUGGAUCAGUUCCUCGAGCUUACAUUGUUUGCAAAGAGGACAAAAUCAUUCCAGAAGAACAUCAACAAUGGAUGAUCGAUAAUAAUCCAGCAAAUUUAGUGAUAGAGAUGGAAGAGACUGAUCAUAUGCCAAUGUUCUGCAAGCCUCAACUACUAAGUAACCAUCUCUUGGAAAUCGCAGAUAAAUUCGCUUAA